GCGGGCGGUGCUGCCGAAAUCCCUCAGAAAUGUUCGUUUUGGAUCUCUUUCUUUGCUUACAUACCUCCCUCACGCCCUCUCCCUCCCUCUCUCAAACUCUUUCUCAUUCUUGUUAUUUUUUUCCCCUCAAGUUCUGAAACGAAGGAUCAGAAUACAGUACUUUCAAAACAGUAUAGCUCGGACAGCUUCCUGUGCUUGGCGGAGCUGGUUGCUUUUCUCCUCACUGUUACGGCCUUGGUGUUGUCCGGUAUACAGUGACUGGGAAGGAAGGUGGGGGUUUACGGGGUUGUAAUUUUUUUUUUCUUCAGCUGAACUGUGCGAAAUAGAGAGAGCGCAGCCGCACGCCGUGAUUUUUGGCUCUACCUCAGGUACUUACUGCUUGUGUCAAAGACCAUAGGGGAAGAGACCGUGUUGUGCUUUUUUCCGGCUCCAGGUUGCCCUUUUGUUUCAGUCUGUUACAGUAACAACGGUGUGCCCGUGGCCUCACAGCAUCGCACACGACUGACUAAUCUCAUUUGGAUCCAAUAAGUGUGUGUGUGUGUGUGUGUGAGAGAGAGAGAGAGAGAGAGAGAGAGAGAGGGAGGGGGAGGAUUGAUCUGCCGCCGUUAAAAUCUUGUUCUGUUUUUUCUCGGAGUGAGAUCUCUGCUAGCUGACUCUCAUGUAAGGGACCUCAUCUAUGCCAGAAAGCAUUUACGGGAAGAAAUCUUGACAUUUUUUUAAACAGAUGUACAUAUUUUUAUCCGCAAAAAAGUGCAGCGAGCUUUCUGUUUUCCACGGGUUUGUUUUUCAGUUAUGUUCGGAACGAAAGAAUCCACUGAGACACAGAAAGGGAGAACGGAGCAGGUUCUGAGGUCGGUCUGUCAGUGCUAUUAGGUACACUGUUUUCGCUGCACAGAUUGACUUUGUUUCUGCAAACAAGAUACAUCCCUUACUCGACUUUAAACUUCAAGAUCGUCGCUACCUAGAUGUCAUGACUUUGGAUUUUAAGAGCUGCUGGCUAUUUGCAGACGAUUUGUUAAAAUAAAAAAAUAUAUAAAAAGCUCGGAUUGCAUUUUUCUUUCACAAAUUUUUGAGGAUGAUGUCAUGUUCUUGUGAUUGGACUGGUAUUGUGUCGGAGCACGGUGAGGCAGCGACCGACUGAGAGCGGAGAGAGCGGGGUUUGCGGGAAUCAGGUGCGGUGUGUGGCGGUACUCCCCCGUUGUCGCGUGUGCCUGCAUCCCCUCGCAGCUGUCUUUGAUCUCUCCACCCCCUCUUUCUCCUCUUUUCACCCCUAUACUCCGUUCACAAUCUCCUGCGCUGGACCACUCCGGGCACUCCAUGCUGUGUCUCGGCCACUGCAGGUCCCUUUCCCCUGGCCCUCGGACUCUUAAACAUCUUCGGAAGGCAUAGCCAUGACCGAGCCCAGCCUGCAGCACUCGGAGCCCGCAGAGCAGCCGUCCGUUCGCCGCUCUCCUCUCCACCUUGCCCAGGUGUCCUGCCUCCCGCGGCCAGGACAUUCACAUCACAGGGAGUAGACCAGCUACGUUCCCGUUUCCCUACCCACCCUCCUCCCCCCUUCCCUCCCCUCCACUCCCCUCUUCUCUUAUUCCCUCUUUACACCUAAAGUGUCCCUGCCUUUACCAGCGCGCAUCUUUACAUUUCGGAGAUUUCAUUUUCCAAUGAUCUGAAAUGACUCGGCAAAUAUAAGCUAUUUGUUUUAAAAGUAGAAGAAAUUUAAGCAAAUUUUUAUUUUUGUAAUUAAAGCAACGAUAAAAGGCAAGCAACUGCACUUUAUUCUUGACGUUUGCAAAGACAUCCUGUCAGUUUGACACUCAACCCUCGAAACACCACGCGGAUAACCUGCAGCCCGUUUGGAAGGAAUCACCUGGAGGAAAAUUCGUGGAAACUUAUCCUGAGUCUUGCAGAAGCCUUUUUCACCUGUAUCUCGGAAUACUGCACGCCUGUACCUCUGCCACAUCCCGGGACGGAGACUACAGAGAGCCUGUCACCUCAGUACACCUCACUCCGCCCCCGCAAGCACGAGGGGCCUGGCGCGCACCGCUAAUGCGCUCAGGAGUCUCCGGAAUCCCCCUGUCCAGUGAACGGAAUACAAAGAGGCGUCUAGUCUCUGGAUUUUCAAAACUGCUCCAGGAUUCGAUUCUCCCUCGCCGGCAGUGGGAACAGACUCGGGGUGAAAUUGCUCCGUGGCCGUGGAAGCGAUGCGGUCCAUUCUAUCAACAGUGGCUUUCCUAGGUUUCCAGGCAUUGUGGGUUGUCUGCAGUCCUUUGCAGGUGUUUGCUGUAGAUGGUGUGAAUUUCAGUGUGCACGUGGAGAAUCAGACGCGGGUUCGAGACGCUAUGAGCCGGAGGCAGCACAGGGUGUACCAGCUGUACAGCCGGACCAGCGGGAAACACGUUCAGGUGCUGGGCAGGAGAAUCAGCGCCCGCGGCGAGGAUGGCGACAAAUAUGCCCAGCUUGUAGUGGAGGCGGACACUUUUGGCAGCCAGGUGAGAAUCCGUGGCAAAGAGACCAACUACUACCUGUGCAUGAACCGGCGGGGGAAGCUGGUGGGAAAGAAGGCCAGCAAUCGCAGCGCGGACUGCGUGUUCGUGGAGAAGGUUCUGGAGAACCACUACACGGCGCUGAUGUCGGCGCGCUACGCCGGCUGGUACGUGGGCUUCACCAAGAGGGGGCGCCCUCGCCGCGGCCCGCACACCCUGCCCAACCAGCAGGACGUCCACUUCAUGAAGCGCCUCCCCCCGGGCGAUGCAAAAGGUUAGUGGGGGAGGCUGCUUCAGCAUGUAACUUGGAGCUGGACUUGCUGGACACUGCUCAACUUAGCACAGAGUGCAUGCCAGGUCCAGAGCCCAGGGGCCAGGGGGUGGAACAGAGUCUACACACCCCUCCAGCACCCCCCCCUCCCUCCCCCCCCUCUCACUCCUGGACCAGAGCAGGAAGACAGAUCCUCACGGGACACCGCUCACUGCACAAAGAGAGAGAGAGAGCUCUCGCACCAGUCGGGAUGUCAAAACAGGAAGUGGACAUCGCACCGCAAAAUGGACAUUGCAACAGGAAGUUGGGAAAGCAGGAAGUGGAAUAUGAACUGGACUGAAGGACAUUUCCUCCUCCCCAAUAUGUGUGUGUGUGAGUGUGCGCAUGAGUGAGUGAAUGUGAGAAAGAGUGUAUGCAUUUGCAAGAAUGUUUGCAUCAGAGGUGGGCUAAAAAGCUAAAACCAAAAUAGGUUUGACUAAAGCUUACCUGCCUCCAACAGUCUCCGGUACAAACGUAAGGGUCAGGACUGGAACACCCCAAACAAAAAGACAAAAAAACAAAACAAAAAACUAAAAAAAAAAAAACGUGCAGCCACCAAAGACAACUGGAUACCAAUGACGCUCCCCUCCCCCUCCUCCUGUUGGGUUUAUGUAGGAGGUGGGGGGGCCCGAGGGGGGGGGCGGGAGAGAGCGGCAUUUCUCUGUAUUUGUGUUUUAUAGAAGCGACACAGGGAGCUCGGCUCUUGCUCACGGAAUGAUACAGAAUGCUGCUAAAGACACAUUCAGUGUAAAACCAAAGUCUCAUACAAAAAUAUUAAAGGGAACAAGUAUGAAAAAAAAGAUCUAUAAAGACGAAAACAAAAAAUAAGCGAUUGUUAUUAUUGUUAUUGUUAUUAUAAAACUAUUUAUUUCACCUCUGUACCCGGCGGCCAUUUUAAAGCCAUUCUGGCUGCCUCCACCAUUAAAGAGGAACAGAACGGUGUCUGUUUCACACUAUGUCGUCA